AUGUUGUCUUUAAAAGAACAGUGCAAUAGACUGAACUAUGUUGAAAAAUGCAUUUCACGCAAUGAUACUAUAAGAAAGACGCCAUGCAAUGCAAAAAUAUGCAAACCAUGUAAAAAAUUUGCUUGUAGAAAUACUAGAUUAAACAAAGUUCAAACUGAUUUAACAGAUGAAAAAACUACUAAUACCUAUGUAAAAAGCAAUACAAUUAGUCAAGAUUCUUUAGCAAUCAAAGAAAAUCAAAGUAAAUCUGAUCAAAUAGACAUGAGUUUACAAUCAUUUAAAUCUUAUGUUAAUGACAAACAAAUCGAUACAUUUGAAGAGAAGAAUGAACAAACUAUACCUACAAAAGAUAAUUUUCAUGCUGAAUUAAGCACAAAUACUUCAAAUAUAAAUAAUGCACAACACAAGACAGGAUCAAGCAAAGAGAAAAUUCAACCUGUAGUAGAUAAAGAUAUAAUGCAGAAUGUAAAUGAAUUAAAAGAAGUUUACAGCAUAAAAGAUAUUCCUGUCAACGAGAAAAAGAUGCUCGAAAGAAUUCAAAAGGAUCUCUCGAACGAAAGAAAACGCACGGAAGAACUUGAAAAGAAAUUAGAAAAUUUAACUUGCAGUAUGAAAUGUCUUCAAGAAGAUAGCGAGCAAAAAGCGGAUUGUUUAAAAAGUGCGUUGAAAACAGCCGAAGAACAAACUAAACGUGCAAUGGAUUUGGCGAAACGAUCAAGUGAUCAAACAGAUUUAGUUAAAUCAGAUAGAAAUGAGCUAUUAAAAGAGAUUACGAGAUUGCAACAACAGAUAGUUGAAGCUACCCAAGCAAAUACAACUUUGAAGUUAGAACGGGAUGACCUAAAAAAUAAAUUGGACUCUUUAACAGAGGAUGAAUCUAAAAGAUAUUAAAAACAUGCUUCAAGGUGCGAAGAAGUUGAGCAGGAAGUAAAUAGAAUGAAAUGCGCGGUAAAAGUAAAAGAAGAUGCUUUAAAU